AUGGAUUUGGCGGAAGGGCGCAGUCAUGAUAUAGAGUUCGAGACACUGUGCGGAGAUAAUAAGCUCAAGGGCCGAAUGUCCCAACGGUACUUUGUUUACACAAAAUUGACCAUCAAUCCGAAUAUGUUCUUACCUACGUUCUGUGUUAUCGCCUUUGUUGGCUUGGCUGCUGCCAAAGACAUUGAAACUUCGAGAUCAAAACGACAACUAGGAGUUUAUUACGUGUGUGGAUCCAAUCCAAACAAUUACGUCUCACAAUACCCUUGUUCAAACUCUGUCUCUAACUGUGGUGGUAGCAACUGUAACUACGGAUAUAACAUCAUUCCAUCAUCAUUCUAUAACUCAAACAGCUACUGUAACAGCGGAUGCAACAACCUGAACUGUAACUCUUACAACGGACAGUAUAUCAAUGGACAAUAUGUUGCUUAUGCUGUCGGGUCAAACCAGUACAGUCCAUGUGCUUCUUCAUGUUGUUCUUCUAACUCAAGAACUUUCUAUGGACCUCAAAACAACGGAAUGAAUGUUGUCAGCGUUUCAAAUGGAUUGUACAAUCCUUAUAACACUUUCUCAAACAAUAUGGGUGCCAUGCCAUUCUCUACCAACGGUUUCCAAAAUGGAUACAACCCAUACGCCGUCAAUAACUUUAACAAUGGAGUUAACACCAACAUGGGUAAUGGAGGUAAUCAAGGAACUUACAACCCAUACGACCCAUCUACAAACGGAGCUCUUGGUGGACAAGGAACAUACAACCCUUAUGACGCUAAAUUCAGUAGACUCGCUGCAAGAGGUCCUACCUGUGGUGGUACUGAACUCGCCACCGCUUAUUGCAUGAACGGACAGUGCGCAAAUGGACUUCAUUGUGUAUCUGGAAACCUUUGCUGCAAUUGCCAAGUCGGAGCUAGUGGAGGAAAAUGUAAUGUAAACACCGAUUGUGCUGUUGGAUAUACGUGCACACAAAAUGGAAACUGCUGCGCCCAAAAUGGAUACCAAGGAUUGAAGUUGGAAGCUUGUGCUGAAGAUAGGUCAUGUCCAAGCAAAUUCACAUGCGGACCUGGAUCCCUCUGUUAUCCCUCAUCAUCCUAA